AUGGUGCGAUUGUCAGUUGAUUUGAUUGCGAGAACAAGCAGUCACCUGCGUAGCCGAAAAGAUGAGUCCGUGGCCCAGUACCUGAAGAGGGUCACUCAUCUGAAUUAUUCAAAUAAAAGCAUUGACAAUGUUGAGGAUCUAUCUAUUUGCAAAAACCUCACAGUUUUAUACCUGUAUGAUAACAACAUCAGUCGCAUUGGAAAUCUUGGAUUUGCAACAAACCUAACACACCUGUACCUCCAGAAUAACCUUAUAUCCAGCAUAGAAAACCUGAGUGGGCUUAAGAGACUUGAAAAGCUGUACCUGGGUGGCAAUUAUCUCACUGUGGUUGAAGGUUUAGAGGAUCUUCACGAACUAAGAGAACUGCACAUUGAGAGUCAACAUAUUCCACAAGGAGAGAGGCUACUGUUUGAUCCUCGAACGCUCCAUUCCCUAGCUAAGUCUCUCUGUGUGCUGAAUAUUAGCAAUAACAAUAUUGAUGAACUGAAGGAGCUUGCAGUCUUGGAAAAUCUGACUCAGCUUGUGGCCAUGGACAAUCAUCUUACAGAUAUUAAGGACUUGGAGAUUGUCUUGAGGACAUGGCCAAAGCUCUGGAGAAUGGAUCUGAGUGGAAACCCAAUUUGCCAGAAGGCAAAAUACAGAGAUAAAGUUAUUGUCAUUUCAAAGACAUUGGAAAUCCUGGAUGGUAAAGAAAUAAAAGAAAUGGCAAGACAGUUCUUGGUUAACUGGAAAGCCUCAAGGGAUGCCAGAAAGAAAAGCAGGGAAGAAAACAUGGAAGCACAAUUAGUCUACCAGCAGCUAUAUAACUUAGAGCAUCCUGGCUCCCUUCUUCCUGUUCAGUAUCAUAACACCAAAUAUUUGGACAAG